AUGGUAGAAGAAUUGGAUCCAAAGCAAUUGUUUUCUUUACGGGGACAUAGUCUUUCUAUUUCAUAUCUCGAAUCAAUUGUACUAUCAGAAAAGCGAUAUGCAAUUUCAUCUGAUUCUUCAGGUUUAGUCAUAAUAUGGGAUAUCAAUAUAAAAAGACCAUUUAAACAAUGGCAAGCACAUACUGAUACGAUUCUUACAAUAAAACAAAUUGAAAAUGAGUUGAUACUAACUCAAUCUCGUGAUUCAACAGUGAAAAUAUGGAGAAUACCGUCAGGCUCACAAUCACCAAUUGAAGUAUUUUUAUUACCAAUCAAUUCAUUAAACUUUUGUAAUAUAGAAUAUAACAACCACAAUUUAUUCACUCCAGCUACAGUUGAUUCCAAUAACUUUGAUGUAUAUAAUUUAAAAUGGGAUGACAAAGAUGAGUUCAGUUUCACGAGAACAAUUUCCAAUUAUAGCUCAUACCAAACAUUUAAAAACCAUAAUAAAAUUGAAGAAAUUAUACGUGAGGGUGAAUUAGCAAGAAAUGACUUCGGUAUUAUUAUGAAAAUGCUUUUCAUUGAAGAACUGAAUCGAUUAUUUCUAGGUUUUGAAUCUGGUGAAGUGAUUGGAUUAGAAAUAACUUUUAACCAACAAGAAAUAUCUGAGUCAGUAUCUGUGGAAACUCCACCAAAAGAGUCUGUAUCAAAGCUUGCAGGAUUGUUCAGUACUACACCUAAACUGUUUGAUAAGACUAUAAUAAAUAAGGAUCCAUCGGUCAAGUUAAUCUAUGCUAAUUCAUUUCACAGCCCCAAUCCAGUUUUAUCUAUGGCUCAUAACAAUAAUAAGCUCAUUACUGGUUCAACCAACAAAAAGAUAGUUAUCCAUAACUAUUUGGAUUAUUCUCCUGAAACGGAAUCAGCUGACCAUAUAACAAUUAAGAAAUUAAACUAUUCAGGUGUUCAAUCUUUGAUAUUCAAUAAAAUUCAUGAGGAUCUUAUAUUGGUAUCUUAUUGGAGUGGUUUGAUUGAGGGAAUAUCUUUACGAAGUAGAGAGUCAGAGAUCGAAACUAAAUUUCUGAUAAAAAGGGAGCUACCCAGUGUAAGCAGUAUAGAGACAACAAUUGCCAAUAGUGAGAAUGAAAGGCAGUUGAAGGGGACAAUAAAGCUAAAUUGUCUUAUGGUUAUGGAGCCGCAUAGUGAUAAGUUGCAACAACGUAGUUCAUAUAGAGAAUUAGUAAGAAACCGACACAACCACAGUGGUCAAUUAAUAUUUCUGGGUUUUGAGGAUGGAACAAUAGUCGUAUAUAGGUUAUAA